CAAUCAUAUCGUGAAGGAGAUGAACGGUACAACAGGCUCCUCCGGGGGACUUCUUGACAACAUCGGAAGCUUUGGCUAUGGAAUUGGAGUUUCAGUUGGGAUGCUGUUGCUCAUCACAACCAUCACCUUGGCUUCCUAUUGUUGCACCAGGAUAGAGCAGCCAGGUGGAGCCCCGGCAAGUCAAAGGACUGCUCCUCAUGAUCAGCCAUCCGAUGAUCAACCACAAAACUUUGUCAUCGAUGUGGGACUCGAUGAGGCAACCAUCCUCAGCUAUCCGAAGCUGCUUUACUCUGAAGCCAAGAUCAAUAAGACAGACUCCACAGCCACAUGCUGCUCCGUAUGUUUAGCAGACUACAAGAGUAGUGAUAUGCUCCGCCUGCUGCCGGAUUGCGGCCACCUCUUUCAUCUCAAGUGUAUCGACCCGUGGUUGCGGCUGCACCCGACAUGUCCUGUCUGUAGAACAUCUCCAUUGCCGACUCCGCUGUCGACGCCUCUGGCCGAGGUGGUUCCAUUGGCGAGCAGGAGGGAUUGAUGGCUAGAUUGGUCUUUUUUUUUUUUUUUUUUCCCCAAAAACU